AUGAAAGGAAGUUGUCCUCGAGCGGACCGUUGUGUGUAUGCACAUGGGUCGGCUGAGCUACGUCCUUCGCAGGCACCGAGUGUUGUGCGGGGUCAACAUGGCGCCACCCCAUCGCCAGCUGCUCCUUCGUGUCUCAGCUGCGCUUCAGCAAAGGUUCCUGAGGUUGUUUUUACGGUGGACAAGGAGGAGGAGAGGCGGCGUGCCGAGCGAGCCAAGCGCUUUGCGCCACGGCAAAAGGCCUCCUUUGAGGCAGAGGAGAAGGCUCCACCUCCUGAGCCGGAGCCGGCGGUGGAGGCAGAGGGGGCUGCCUUUAAUGAUAUGGGCCUGAACGAGGAGCACAGUGAAAGUGCCGAAUCGGUGACGAGUUUCUCAAUCGGCACGGACUUGAAGUCUGUGCCCAGAGUCACUCAAACUUUUGGCAGGACCAAAUCGCCGAUUACCUCUUCGAGAUGCAGCAGUAUCACCGUCCUGUUCCUGCAAGUUCUACAGAGAUGUGAGAUUGAUGCAUCUGGGCGCCGGCUUUCUGAUUUCCUUCUCAAGCUGCCGGGCCGCGCUGGCCGAGAGCAGCUCCUUGCCAGGCCACAGGGCGGUGCCAGACUCUUGCAGGCCUCCCGGGGCCGGGAUCCCAAUGCGCUGGACCCACGCCAGCCGCUGGGCCCGCUGCCGGAAUGCACACCUCUCUGCGUUUGCCCGCCAGGCUUCCAGUCCUUGGGCUCCCGAAACGGACAGUGUUGCACCACCUCUCGAGCGAAAGGUGAACGAGACAAAGUCUACUUCCUCUCGAGCCGAGUGUGCGAAGAGAUUGGCCUCUCUUUGCAUGUCUUCGUACAGACGCUGGUGCGUGUUUGGACAUGUGCCAGGCAGAUGCUGCACAACAUGGAUGACGGUCGCGAUGGUGGCUUUGACUUCGUCGAGGAUGUGCAGGCAGCAGCCUCAGCGAAUGUCAGACCUCCGAUCAACUUCUGUGUGGGUUGCAACGGGAAUCGAGGACUGUCGUGA